AUGGAGCCUAAUAGCCAACCCUUCGCUAUUGAGGCCAUGAAGUCUCAACUCGAGAAAGGAGCACAGUUCUCGCCGACAAAUCAAGAAGUUCGGCAUGUUGACCUUGUCCGCGACUGGAGUGGACCAGAUGAUCCUGAAAAUCCUCGAAACUUCUCGUUGUGCAUGCGUCUCUUAGGCACAUUUACUGUGACCUCCCUGGCCUUCGUGGUAGCCUUUGCAGGAGGAAUAUACGCUCCAGCUCAGAAUGAGAUAAUGAAUGUAUGGAAUUGCAACUAUGAGGCCGCUGUACUGCCUCUUUCACUCUACAAUCUUGGACUUUCAUUGGGCCCUAUCAUAGGAGCUCCAUUGUCCGAAAAAUACGGCCGAAGAGCUGUCUACGUCGUCAACACCCCUAUCUUCAUUCUCUUCUUAAUUGGAGCCGGUUUCUCGGACGGCAUUGGCAGUCUGAUCAUUUGCCGCUUUUUCGCCGGUGUUUUUGGCUCUCCAAACAUCAACAAUGCUUCCGCGACCAUUUUAGACUAUACACCCGACAUUCAUCGCGGCGUCGUCCUUGGCAUAUACUAUUCCAUUCCGACCGUCGGUGCAACCAUAGGGCCUCUCGUUGGAACCUUCCUUGUCCAAGAACGAGGCUGGAGAUGGACACAUUGGGUUCCAAUCAUCAUAACCAGUUUUCUCUACAUCCAAGUCUUAUUCACAAAGGAAACUUACAAGGCUGUGGUUUUACAACGCCGGGCAAUCAAACUAGGACUUCUGGACGCAUCGUCUCAGCGAUUCAGCGUGCUCAAAUCCCUUCGACACUUCUUCGUCACGCUCAUUCAACGCCCAAUCCACAUGCUUUGCACCGAGCCAAUCGUAACAUUCGUCAGCUUGUACAAUGGGCUCAUCUACGGCCUCAUUUACGCAUUUGUGAUUUCAGUCCCUUGGGUCUCGACAACAUAUUACAAUUUCGAUAAAACAGGAGAAGCCCUUUCCUACCUCGGUGUCUCACUCGGUAGUCUGAUUGCCUGUAUCCCAUUUGUAAUUAUGGAUAUCAUGUUCUACCAGAAACGCCUUCUAUCGUGGAAACAAACCCAUUCAUCGGGUGAAAAGAUGCCACCGGAAAACCGCCUCCCUUCGGCUAUGGUAGGUAGUUUCUUGCUUCCUGCGUCGUUGCUUGUGGCCGGUUGGACAGCUGAGAAUCGUGUUCAUUGGAUUGUGCCCAUUAUUUUCCAGGGGAUGGCUACGCUUGCCUGUCUUUUGAUCUAUGCAAGUGCCAAUAUGUUCAUGUUGGAUUCUUAUGGACCUCUCUACGGUGCCUCGGCUUCAGGUGCUAUGAUGUUUAGUAGAUAUCUGUUGGGUUUUGCUUUUCCAAUGUUCACGCUUCAAAUGUUUGAAAGGCUGGGUGCGGGCUGGGCAACGUCUAUUUUGGCCUUGUUGACUUUGGUCAUGGCUCCAAUUCCCUGGUGUUUUUGGAUUUAUGGACCGCAAUUGAGAAAUGCGAGUAGAUAUGAGACAAGUGGUUGA